GGAGGAGAGCAGAAUGUGCAUUUCCGGGCUAAUACCGAGCGCAGCGGCGGUGUGUGUGUAUAUGUGUGUGUGUUUAGCUGUACGGCGGUGUGAGAGAGAGAUUUGGUGGAGAGUCUGAUGGCUCCUCUUGCUCGCCUUCUCCGCGGGGAGUGUACGUCCUGUCCGUUCAGUCGUGUUCGAAAUGGCGCUGUGAAGAUGGUGAUAAUGAUGAUGAUGAUAAUGAUGAUGAUGAUGAAGAUGAUGAAGAUUAUGCUGAACGAGGAAGACGCGCCAGGAGCGGACGCCAGAGAGUAGGAAGGAGAGCGCAGAUCUAGCGGUACCUGUGCUUUUGUUUUUGGUUCGGAUUUUUUUUUAUAUAAUUAUUAUUUUUUAUUUUGCAAAGCAGCGAUCAAUACCAUGGUGAACUAUCAGAAAUACAUAACUGUUAUGCAGCUGGCCUUAGGUGUGACAGCCACCAACCGAGACCGUAGUCUGCCGCCGAGAAAGCAUAUGUGGAUUUUUCCCAAACACGAAAAAGAUAAAUACGGGCCAGCUGUGUACUACCCUAAGAUCCACAAAUUCAUUGGCAACCCAGAAUCUCUCUCUAUAGUGGGUGACUCAGAAGAUUCAGCGCAAGGCAAACCAUCGCUGCGUAGAAUCAAGGGACGAAUCCACCGCAGCAAGAGCCUGGACAGUAUCGACCUACUGGACUCCAAUCAGAGUGCAGCAAUGGAGGAGACGGUGAUAUGGGAGCAGCACACAGUAACUUUACACAGGGCUCCAGGGUUUGGGUUUGGAAUUGCCAUCUCAGGCGGGAGGGACAACCCCCACUUCCAGAGUGGAGAGACGUCUAUAGUCAUCUCUGAUGUGCUCAAGGGAGGGCCAGCAGAGGGCCUACUGCAGGAGAAUGACAGGGUUGUCACGGUUAACUCUGUCUCCAUGGAUAACGUGGAACAUGCAUAUGCGGUGCAACAGCUACGGAAAAGCGGAAAGAACGCAAAAAUAACCAUCAGACGAAAGAGGAAGGUUCAGGUCCCCUCAGGACGUCACGGAGAGCGAGAAACCAUGUCUGAGCAUGACGAGGAUGAUGACAGUUAUGAAGACGAGAUCUAUGAAGUGCGGAGUGGGCGGAGUGGGUACGGCGGAGGAGGGGCCAGCGGAAGACGCAGCGCUAGAGGCGAUCGACAGGGCACAAGACGGGAGCGGGACAGAGAACGUAGCGCCUCUAGAGACAGGAGCAUGUCUCCACGCUCAGAGCGCCACUCCGUCUCUUCCAACCUGGCUUCCCGUCCAGCCAAGGUCACACUUGUCAAGUCUCGCAAGAAUGAAGCAGAAUAUGGCCUUCGCCUGGCCAGCCACAUCUUUGUGAAGGAUAUCUCUCCCGAGAGCCUGGCUGCCAGGGACGGCAACAUCCAGGAAGGAGAUGUGGUGCUGAAGAUAAAUGGCACGGUGACGGAGAACCUCUCCCUGAUAGAUGCUAAGAAGCUGAUUGAAAGGUCGAAGGGCAAGUUGAAGAUGGUUGUGCAGAGAGACGAGAGAGCCACAUUGCUUAACAUCCCUGAUCUAGAUGACAGCAUCCCCUCAGCCAAUGCUUCCGAUAGAGAUGAUAUUUCAGAUAUCCACUCUGUAGCAUCUGAUCAUUCGAACCGAUCCCAUGACAAGAAGAGGAGCAGUCGCUCUCGUUCCCCAGACCGGCGCUCUGAGCCCUCAGACCAUUCCAGACAUUCUCCUCCACAAAUCAGCAAUGGCAGUCACAGAAGUCGUGAUGAGGAUCGAAUCUCAAAGCCUCUCCCCUUGCCGGCUAAAAUGGUGGAGGAGACUCAUAAAGCACUGGAACAGACUGGGACCAGAGAGGAGAAACAGCUCCCCCCCCUGCCAGAGCCAAAGCCUGUGUAUGCCCAGCCUGGCCAGCCUGAUGUGGAUUUGCCAGUUAGUCCAGCAGAUGCUCCUGUGCCCAGUGUAGCCCAUGAUGACAGCAUCUUACGGCCUAGUAUGAAGUUGGUAAAGUUUAAGAAGGGUGAGAGCGUGGGGCUACGGCUGGCUGGGGGCAAUGAUGUGGGCAUUUUUGUGGCUGGUGUGUUGGAGGACAGUCCUGCUGCUAAAGAAGGCCUCGAGGAGGGAGACCAGAUACUCAGGGUCAAUAAUGUCGACUUUGCAAACAUCAUCCGUGAAGAAGCUGUGCUGUUUCUUUUGGAUCUGCCCAAAGGAGAUGAUGUCACCAUCCUGGCCCAGAAAAAGAAAGAUGUGUACAGACGAAUUGUGGAGUCGGAUGUGGGCGACUCAUUUUAUAUUCGGACUCAUUUUGAGUACGAGAAAGAGUCUCCGUAUGGCCUGAGUUUUAAUAAGGGUGAGGUGUUCCGAGUUGUAGAUACCCUUUACAAUGGCAAGCUGGGGUCCUGGCUUGCCAUUCGGAUUGGCAAGAACCACCAGGAGGUGGAGAGGGGCAUCAUUCCCAACAAGAACAGAGCGGAGCAACUCUCCAGUGUGCAGUACACGCUUCCAAAGACAGCAGGAGGCGAUAGGGCAGACUUCUGGAGGUUCCGUGGCCUUAGGAGCUCCAAGAGGAACCUGAGGAAAAGUAGAGAGGAUCUCUCUGCUCAGCCUGUCCAAACUAAAUUCCCCGCCUAUGAGAGAGUAGUACUCAGAGAAGCUGGUUUCCUGAGACCUGUAGUUGUGUUCGGUCCCAUUGCUGAUGUUGCAAGAGAGAAACUUUCAAGGGAGGAAACGGACAUCUUUGAGCUUGCCAAGAGUGAGCCCAGAGAUGCAGGCACGGACCAGCGCAGUUCUGGAAUCAUCCGUCUCCAUACCAUUAAACAGAUUAUUGAUAGAGAUAAACAUGCAGUGUUGGACAUCACCCCUAAUGCUGUGGACCGUCUAAACUAUGCCCAGUGGUACCCCAUCGUGGUGUUUCUGAACCCAGACAGCAAACAGGGUGUGAAGAACAUGAGGACCAGGCUUUGUCCUGAGUCCAGAAAGAGUGCAAGGAAACUGUAUGAGCGUGCCCUCAAACUGAGGAAGAACAACCACCAUCUUUUCACAACCACUAUUAAUUUAAACAACAUGAACGAUGGAUGGUAUGGAGCUCUGAAAGAGACCAUCCAGCAACAGCAGAACCAGCUGGUCUGGGUUUCUGAGGGCAAGGCUGAUGGAGCUCCAGAGGAUGACUUGGACAUCCAUGAUGACCGCUUGUCCUACCUCUCAGCACCAGGCAGUGAGUACAGCAUGUACAGUACCGACAGUCGCCACACGUCUGACUACGAGGACACGGACACUGAGGGUGGUGCCUAUACAGACCAGGAGCUGGAUGAGACCCUGAACGAUGAGGUGGGCUUACCCAGUGAGCCUGCUAUCACCCGCUCUUCAGAGCCUGUGCGAGAGGAUCCACCCGUCAUUCAAGACGUUCCAGCCUACCCCAGUUACCAGCAUGCAGCUCCCCAACCUGAGCCCACAAACCGCAUCGAGUCUGCUGGAUUUAAGAUUCCUGCUCCCCAGCAGCAGGCUGAGGCUGCUGUGGCCCUGCCCUCCUUCCCCCCUGCAGUGGCAUCAGUGCCCCCUGCUGUUGAGCCCACCGCACCACUAGCGGGUACGAAAUCCACGGAGCCACCUGGCACCGCUCAGGCCGACUCACUUAACCUUCCCGCCCCAGAACCCGAGUCCCAGCCCGAUCCUGAGCUCGCUCAGGCCCCAACACACGACCCCCACCAGUCGCUCGCGCCCAGCCCACAUCCAAAGCAGAUGUAUAAGAAGGAUCUGUACAGUGUGGAUGAGCCUGUGCGGGUAAAUCACAUGAUGAAGCCCCAGCAGCCACAAUCCAUAGCUCCCCCAUCCUCUCUGUCCUACAGCCACCAGCCUGUGUACCAGGACAAACAGCCAUACCGAGAGUACGACCACCCGCCUUACGGCUAUGAUGGUGGCAGCUACGCACAACCAAAGCCUCACAACUUCAACACGCACAUGCACUAUGACAACCGCGUGCCUCAUUAUGAGGAACUGUGGCCCCAGUAUGACCAGCAGUCCUCGGCCCAGCCUCCUCCUCCUCCUCCUCCAGCUGGGUCAGGCUAUCCUCAGGGCCACCAGCCUCCCACUUUGAGCUACGAGCCCCGUUCUCCCUAUGAGGAUGGGCCUACGCAGGACUAUAGCCCUCCUCAGCCUCGCUAUGAUGAGCCACCUGUGGCUUAUGAUAGCCGACCACUACGGCAUGGAAAACCAGGGCCUGUUCGCUAUGAGGAUCCUCCUCCUCCCUCGGUUGUGUAUGACGCACGCUCUCCUUAUGAACCAGAGGUUCAUGGUUUGCCCAUCAAUAACCCCCGCUCCCCUGACCCUCCUAAGCAGUAUUAUGGAGAUGCAUCUUUGAGACCUACAUACAACCCAGGGCUACCAAAUCGUGGCUACAAACCAGGGCAACAUGAACCUCUGAAUUCUGAUCCUCCAGUUCCUCCUCCAAAACCUGAAGUUGUGCUUUCCCCUGGGGAGCCAAUACACACUGCAACUGAUAAACCACUGCCUCCUCCAGCCAGAGACGAUCCAGAGGAGGAGGAUCCUGCCAUGAAACCUCAGUCUGUUCUGAACAGGGUCAAGAUGUUUGAGAAUAAGCGCUCUGUGAGUGUAGACAGAGCCAAAGAGGCUGGAGAUGUUCCAGGGAUCAGGCCCACAGAUAUCCCCAAACCUGUAACUGCCCCUGGCCCAGUAUCCAAGGCCAACUCUCUCAACAACUUGGAACAAGAGAAACCUGCAUAUAGGGCUCCAGAGCCACAAAAACCUCGCUUAGGAGAUGAGGCAGUUCGCACCAACCACUAUGACCCCGAUGAAGAUGAAGAGUAUUACAGAAAACAGCUAUCCUACUUUGACCGCCGCAGCUUUGACAAUAAGUCUGUGACUCAACCUGCAGUCAAUCGUUUCCAUGAUAUUGCUAAACCUGCACAGCCUCAGCUAGGAUACCCUUAUAACAGGACAGAGUCAGGGGAGAAGGUGAGCCCUGUGGAGAAGAGAUAUGAGCCAGUCCCACAAGUUAACCCUGUACCAACUCCUUAUGGCCAGUCAGGACCUGCUGUCCCACCCACAUCCCUACCCAAACUCAGCAAUGCAGAAGUGAACUCUCUCCCAGAUCCCCACAAUUCCCCCAAAGGCAAACCUGAAUUGUCUACUCUCCGCCCUCCUACCCGGGAUGACCCAGUCCAAGGCAACUACCUUCCCCAAAAGUCUCCAGUUAAUGGGACUGACAUCCCACCCAAGACUCUAAGUGUCCCUGCUCCCACCAGUUACAACCGCUAUGUUCCAAAGCCUUACACGAGCACUGCACGGCCAUUCGAGCGCAAGUUUGAGAGCCCUAAAUUCAACCACAACCUUCUGCCCAAUGACACCCAGACCAAGCCAAUCGUGGUGAACAACAACGUCAAAACCCACCUCUCACCUCAACCCCAGGACACAGAUAGUGGAGUGGACACAUUCACUCGCACUAUGGACAACAGGCCCAAAUAUCAGCACAACAAUGUCAACGCUAUCCCGAAAGCUAUCCCUGUCAGCCCCAAUGCACUGGAUGAUGAUGAUGAAGAUGAAGGACACACUGUGGUUGCUACAGCACGGGGUAUCUUUAAUUGUAACGGUGGCGUAUUGAGCUCAAUCGAGACGGGUGUGAGUAUUAUCAUCCCCCAGGGAGCCAUUCCUGAAAGUGUGGAGCAGGAGAUCUACUUUAAAGUGUGCAGAGAUAACAGCAUCCUGCCUCCACUGGACAAGGAGAAAGGUGAAACUCUGCUCAGCCCCCUGGUCAUGUGUGGGCCUCAUGGUCUGAAGUUCCUGAAGCCAGUGGAGCUGCGCUUGCCACACUGUGCGUCUAUGACCCCUGAUGGUUGGUCUUUUGCUCUAAAAUCCUCCGACUCCUCGUCGGGUGACCCCAAAUGCUGGCAGAAUAAAUCUCUCCCAGGGGACCCCAAUUACCUGGUGGGCGCUAACUGUGUGUCUGUGCUCAUUGACCACUUCUGAAGAGGGUGACAGCUGGUCUGUUACUGAAAGGCAAAGUGUCAGUGGAGAACAUUACGAAGUCCCGUCCCCCCCCCCCCCUCCCUUCUCUCCUCCCCACUACAAUGGAGUCAUUCUUUUCUCUUGUUUUCUUGAGAGUUGCAAGACAAAGUUUAUUUGCUUGGAGGACAAGGAGAGCACCUCCCUCUGGUGCUGAAUCCCCACAAAACUCAUUCUUAUUGUUCUUGUUUUGGUGCUUGAAGGCUUGCCAAAUAUGAAACAGAAUAGGACAGAAUAAGAGUUUAUUAAAGGAAAAGAAUGCAUGGCCAGUACUACAGACAGAAAUGAUCCCAUUUGACAUUUUGUUUAAAUUGUUUCCAAAAAAAUAACGGCAAAGACAAUUAUGUGAAGAAAGAAAAUAAAUAAUUUGUUUUAAGUAUUGAAGUUCUGCAUCUAUGCUGACAAACAGAAAAAGUUUCAUGCGUACCUUUUUUGUUUGUGAAGUCUGUGGUCAUGCGUGUGUUGUUUUCGUGGGUGAACAUGAGGACUGCUGUGGAUCUGCAUAAUUCUGAGCCUAUUUUCUGGGCACUUGAACAUGAAGGACCCAAACUGUUAUGAAGAAUUGUUUCCGAAGGAUUAGAACCUUUGCGCUCAUUGCUGAUGAACUUCCUCCACGGGCUUAAAAUGGGCUCUACAUAUUGAACAGACCUUUUUCUAGUGAUGUUUAACCAUAGAUGAACACACUGGCAAAACUCCUGCUGUCUAGAGAUCUAUGCAUGUGCUACGACUCAGGUCCAGACGCCUGCUACUACGUUCAGAACACCAACCUCCCCAUCUUUACACUGCGAGCAGUGAUGCCUUACCUGCAUAUUAACAUUAAGUUAACAAAAACCACAUGCAAACUUUACGUUUAACUUGUUGAGUGAAAUUAUGAAGGAUAUUUAAAUUCUCUGACCAUCUGACACCCAUUAUAUUAGUGGAUUGGAUUUGGCACACCAGUACUCAAGGCUAAUGAACAGGUAUGCUUUAUUUUACUGCUAUGCAUAUGAAGUCAACAGAUAUACAAACACAAGGAUAUGUUUAAAUUAUAGCUGUAUAUACUGCUAGCACAUGGCCUUGGUUCGCUGUAAAUGAACUUUUGUACAUUUUUGUUAUUUUGUAUUAAAAAGAUUAAGAUGGAUGGGUGGGGGGGUCUUUAAGAAAAAGUAAAACAAAACAAAACAAAAACACUACAUUGGUUAUGUUUGUAUUAAACUAAUACCCCUGAGCCUUGGAACUAAACUUAGCAGUAAUCAAAAAUUUAAAAUGGAAAAAAAAAAGAAAUUUUCUACCAUCAUAUACAUAAAUCUCUACUCAAUGGCAUUUUUAACAGUAAGAACACAAAACAUUUUUAUUCUUAUUUACUGAAUAGGAAAGUGCUCGGUUUCAAUAAUUUAAUGACUCUGUACUUCAGACGGGGCCGCUGUGGUGAGUGGUCCUGUACUUUGUGAUACUGGAUGCUGUAUUGUGUGCCCUGAAAUGUAUUUUUGUACUAGUAAACAAUUUAAUAAGGCACAUCAGUACUCUUUUUUUUUUUUUUUUCUUUUUCUUUUUUUCUUUUGAUAUAAAACAGCUUCUACCCAAUCUGAGUUUCUUUUCUUUACGAGGCUGACCUUUUUGUUUUUCUUUUUUUUUUAAUAUUUUUUUGCUGCACAUUUCUAAAUAUACCACUGUAUUAAAUAAAUUCAUUUUUAAAGUA